AUGUCGGAGGAGGUGCGCCUCGCGUCACUCCACGCGCCGGUCUACAAAUACGUGCUGGAUUACAGAGGACCUGGUCGCCUCUCCGCUGCCGAGCUGCUUGGAAUUGAUGCACCGUACAUGGGUCCCUCUCACGGUGAUGACUUGGUGUACCUGUUCAGCAACGCAAAGCAGGCAGCGUACCCGGCCGACUCGCCGACCUACACCAUGAUCCGCUUCAUGGUGAGCCUGUGGACGAGCUUCGCUCGCACCGGUCGGCCCAGCUCAACCGUCCUGCCGACGCCCGACUGGCCUGUCUUCACCGAACAGAGCCAGCGCCACAUGCGGCUCAAUGCGGAACCCUCAGUCGGGGAGCGGCUGUUCGAGGAGCGCGUGCGCAUCUGGCAGAGCGUCCGUAUGAACGAGGCCUGGCGGCACGAGGUGUUUCAGAGCCGCUUCCAGUCGCGAGCGCUGACGUGA